AUGGCAAAGUCGGUUUCCAUCAUCGCCACUCUUCUGCUCGUUGUCUUGUUCAUUUCGGCCGAAAUCCCGAAGAGCGAGGCGUCAUGUAACAAGUAUUUAGGCGGUGUCCAUGUGUACCCAUGUAAGGAAAGCGAAUGUGAAGCCAAAUGCAGGGAGCAUUACCACGAGUCAUGCAAAGGAGAGUGUGAGGAUCAUGAUGCGCAUUUGAUGAAUGACAAUGAUGAAUAUUGCCACUGCUACGGUCGUUCUUAA